CUGGGGGAUUCUGAUAUCCCUGUUCACACGAGUUUACAACCAGGUUUGUCUAAAAGGUGCCAGGCGCAAAUCAAACUACAUAUAGUACUAAUCCUUCUUUUGUACAUUGUUUACGUCGUAGAAAAAAAUAGUCCGUGAUUAAAAAAAAAAUCGAAAACAGUCGACGGCUAAACUCCAUACAGACCCUUCGGCAAAGAUAGUCUAAUCGCACCCUAGAGGCAAAACCAAGCCAGCCAUACGUCGAGAAAGGUGUUCAGCCAUUCAAAUUAUGGACAUUUUCGUAACAUGAGCUAGAUCUGUAUGAUAAUUCAGAAUGCUGCGGUUUCUGAAAAGACGAAGUCGACAUCUGCGGAAGGCCGGGGCUUUCCUGUCCAUGUUCCUGGCGACAGCCAUGGUUAUUUCACUGAGGGAUGAACUGGUGACAAUCGCUGGUGGUCCGAUCAGAUCCAGACAAGAAAUUUUAGAUUUGCGCCACCAGAACGCACCCAGACCUUCGGAGGAGUCUGCCUACGACCACCUUCAUCACAUAGCCUGGAUCAUCAGCCACGACCACUUCACAGACGACCACAACUCCAUAGAACUCCUUCAAAAUAUCGUCAAACAAAUCCUGGUCAACAAGGACAAACCGGAAAGUCAGACAUUGCAGACAAUCGCAAAACUGUUCAAUUUCACAGACGACGACUUGCACAUAGAAGGCGUGACGCUGAGUGAAGUGAUCGCGUUGAUCAGUGAGGGGGUGGAGGUGGGGGAAAACUAUGACAUCACGGUGGACAGACUAGAGAGGGUCCUGAGGGAAGGCACGGAGUACGAGGAGGAUGUUGGUGACGUCAUUUCCGGCCAAUUUUUGGGUCACAUCUUGCCAAAGGUUGACAAGAGAUGGAGAUAUCACGACCAGUCGUUUGCAAAGGAUCCUAACCGCAAACCGUCGAGGUGUCCUUCCAGUCUGCGUCACAAGGGGGCGUCCUCCUCCUGGUUUAACGGCAGGUUCAGGGAUGACGUCAAGGUGUUUGCAGACAAGGACGAUCUCGAAGAGGAAAACUACAAAAAGCUGUGCGAAAGAUUCCCGUUGCCGUUUGGUUACAAGAAGGAAAAUAAAACUUUUCUUGAGCAGAUUUUGAACACAAUCACGACUCCGGAUGUGUUUGGGGAGCCGAGGAAAGACUGUAUCCGCUGCGCAGUGGUGGGGACAGGAGGGCAGAUGAAGGGGUCGGGAAAAGGGAAGGAGAUAGACGCACACGACUACGUCUUCAGAGUGAAUAACGCCCACACAGAAGAGAAGUACUCCGAUGACGUGGGCAACAGGACGUCCUUCUACACAUUCUACCCAGAAUCCCAGAAAAUACAACUCGUGGCCAAAGCGAAUCCAGUGCGAGUGUUCGCCCCCUUCAAGAAGUGGGACCUGCACUACCUGGCGAACAAGCUGCUGUACGGAAAGAUCCCGCCGCCCUACUGCAAAAACAUGUCCAAAUGCUGGAAACCCAAAGAGCCAGAUCUAAAUGCAACCAACGUAAAAAUGCUCCACCCAGAUUUCAUGCGUUACAUCUACGCCAAUUUUCUCAACGCCACAGGGGCGAGGCCGACUACGGGCGCCAUGACUGCGUUCAUAGCCAUACAACUGUGUGACUACGUGGGCUUGUAUGGGUAUGGGUACGACACACGUUACACCCUCCAUUACUACGACAAGAACAAGUUCAACGUCAGCAAGCCGUGGAGAGGGGCCUGUCACGACUACAACAACGAGAGAGAGCUGUGGAAAAGACUCAGUCAAGAAGGAGUCAUUAACUGGUUUCAACCAGACUGACAGCGAGUGAAAUCCCAUAGGAUUGUUCAUGAUUAUUUUAUAUUUAUAAAAACAUUUUACUAGAAAAAUAUUUAACUUCGCUAAUUUGUUCCUUAAUCCCGCAGCGUGACCAUAUGUUGUAUAUAUGUGGAAGUAAGUGGUCCGUUAAACAAAACAUUGUAUCCAUUACAGCUGUUGUGGAAUAAAGUUUGAAUUAGAAUUGAACUUGAUUAAAUUGAAUUAUGAAUCGCACGCACAGAAUUCUACAAUCUAGACUUGUAAGACACGUUUGCUUGUACAUGUGAAUAACAAAUGUCAAUUCCUGUAAUUUUUUUAUUUCAAAUUCUACAAUAUCUAUUCGUAAUUUCUCAUAUUUCUUAUGUUUAUUUAUUUUGAGGAAUUUUUUUUAACCAUACAUAAAAGGCCAGUCCGUAGACGAUUCAUUCUAAAGGUCACAAAUACAACAUGUGAUCUUUUCAAUAUUGACGCAAGCAGUACGAUGGGUUCUUUUGUUUCAACUACGUCAUUUUUGACCCAUUUGCUGUAAUUUGCUUGUAGAGUGGACAGACCGGUUCUCUCAGAGUAGCGCCGCUCCGGGCGAGAGGGUGUGAAAGGGUUUAAUCAACACCUGGUUAACAAUAUUUAUGAAUUUUAGUCGAGAU